AUGGGCAUGUGGCCCUUUCGAAGGAGAAGCAACCGUCAGCCGCCUCGUGGUGGGACCAAGAUCCCGCGAUCCGACGGCGACACCAUGCACAGUGCGGGGACCCAGCUGGAGUCUGGGAGGCAUAGCAGACCCGAAAUAGCUUCCGCGGGCCCUGAGCGAAGGAUGAGUCGGAAGGAUGAGAGGCGGAGAUCCUCCAGAGAGUCGAAUAAAUUAAAACGGAACCCCGAGAGGCGCCGUACCUAUAGCUUCUCCCCAGGUCGGAGGGAGAGUAUAGGGGGGAAUCGGGAUGAAGAUCGACCUCCCGUUCCACAACUCCCAUCGGGACUGAAGAGAGGUGCUGUCAGGGCGACCGCCGAAACGCCAAUCACAUCUGCGGCCCACCAGAAUCCCGUCCGGUCGAGUACGCAAACCGUGGAGCCAAGACAAGGUUGGCAGAGGGUGCCGACAUUGCACAAGAGGAGCGCUCAAGAAUUGGCACGGCGGAAAUCGAGCAAGAAGCGGAAAGGGGACCAUGGCAGAGAAGCCGAGAUCAGGGCUAUGGCUGCUUUCGUGCCGACUCGGUCAGCAGCAGAGCCCCAUUCAUCUGGUAGGCUGAUGAAAAGGGAGAGCCAAAGGAUGCGUACUGGCUUGAACCAUAAUCUCGAGAACCCUUCCUCUGAUAUUUCCCUCCCUCUAGCAGAGUCGCUACGCUCCUCGUUAUCAUCGGGGUCCCUGAAUCAUGCAUCCUAUAACUUGUCAGCCUUCGACGUGCUGGCACCGCGGCCGACGAUCAGGUAUUCUGAAAACCCCAAAUAUGCUCCAGGGGCAAGUUUGGGCACCGACAGUCCCGAAUCAAGAAGGAGGAGAGUGUCGGAUCGCAAAACGCUUCCUGACGAGGUCCUGAGGGCGAACCGAAGAAUUGACGAGCUUGCGGAUGACCUUAGCGCAGGUGAAUUGCGAGAGCUUAUGGAACGCGAUCAGAAACGGAGAGAUAAAAAGGUAGUGGCCGAAAGGAUGAAGGUCGAGAGGAAGCUUGCUAGGCGCCAAGAAAAGCAAAGGCAAGAAGAGGUUGCUGCUGCUCGGGAUGGCACGCCGCCUCCGGACGUCAUGGAACGAGGAGUUGUGGGAAGGGAGGUGGUUGGUUUGGGAAUAGGAACAUCCGCGGUUAUGACCUCAACUAAGAGAAAGGGCUCGAGAGGUUCUGAUAGCCGGCGAGGAAAGCGUCCUGCUGAGACAUUCCGACAGGAUUCAACUAUAAAAGCACAAGAUACCGUGGGCAAUACUCGUCCCACUGCGUCUCCGCGUACAGAGAAUCUGACUUCGGGUUCUGAGCGUUCCGAUCCUGCUAUUGAAACAGCUACAGUAGGCACCUUGGCCAAAGCCAGCACAGAGCCAACUGCCUCAUCGAAACACCAUGCUCAGGGACCGUCGAAUAUUUCCCAACUGAUGGACCUCGAUAAGCCUGAGGCUCCAGCGCCAUCAAAGCCCGAACCACCAUCGUUCAAGCUCGAACCCCCCCGAAAGAGCUCAGAAGGCAGUUUUCGAGGACCUCAAUCCUGGACGUCAUUUUUCAAAAGGUCAAAGAAUAAACGAGAUUCUGCCCCAUCAUCGUUCUCUAAUACAUCGCGAGACUCGAUGCCAAAUCAUCAAGCUACUUCAUUCACACCAUCCGGGUACACCUCGGUCUGGGCAUCAUCGAAUGUUCCCAAGCGGACAAUGUCGAAGUUCCGGGAAGACCUUCCAGAACUUCCCAUAUCACCCCCAGAUUCAAGGGUACAGUCUCCAGAAGCUGAUGUUGUACCGCCCAUUCGAACAGACUAUCCAGAUAAGAAAAUGGGCAACCGAGCGUCGGCAGAAGAUCCCCGAGUACGGUAUGACACGCCUAAUAGUGGCUAUCGAUCUCUAGAGACUGCUCGUAUACACGAUGAAACUCCAACCAGCGGCCAUCGUUCAAUAGAGGCUCCUUCACCAGAGCCUACAGCGGCUCUGUCACAAUCGCUUGCGUCGAUUGACUCUGAAGGUUCAUGGCUCUCGGGUGGGAAGGCAGGCUCAAGGGGUGGUUCAAAAAGAACAUCCGCCCAAUUACCACCGCCCCGGCUUCGCGACAGUGCAAGUUCUCUUCAAAAGCGGUAUAAAGAAUAUUCCGAGUCUGCUGAGGAACUUGGUAUUGCAGAAGACGAAUACUUCAGCCGCCUGACACCAGGGCCUGACGAGGACUUCAGAAGAUCACACCGCCAAUCAACGGGAAACCCUAUGCCAUCGAGCGAUGAAGAGGACGGUGGCAGCAUUGCAAGUCCCGUUCCCUCGGAGCAGGCAAAAUGGGGUGCCGUGGGCAGACAUCCAACUGUUAUACAUCGUGAACCCAGAGCAAAGUCAACUGAGGGGUUGCUGAACCAAUAUGAGCGCGACUCCUUUUCUGAUCUGGCCGGCGAUUCUCCUCAGCCCAAGACCUUUGACCUCAACAACGACGUAAUUAAUGAAAACGAGCCUGGUAUUCAUAGAGCCACCAGCGUUGAAUAUGGACCAAAUCACGCCCGGCGUGUCAGCGCUGGAAGCGCCAGACUGCUGGAUUUGAAGCCUAGGGUCUCGGGAGAGUCAAAGAGAAGGAGCGCGAGCUAG